UCCUCGGCGGCCAAGUCCGCUAGGCCGAUGGACAGCGUUUCCCGGAAGUUGCCAGGUUGCCGGCUUCCGGUGCAGUAGGGAAAAAUGGCUGUGGUCCCUGUGAUCCCGACUCUGGCGCGGAUGCUGUCAAGGCACAGCCUGUUGUCUCCUUUGCUCAGUGGGACAUCAUUCAGACGCUUCUAUAGAGGUGAUAGCCCAUCAGAUUCCCAAAAGGACAUGAUCGAAAUCCCUUUGCCUCCAUGGCAGGAGAGAGCAGAUGAAUCCAUAGAAACCAAAAGAGCCCGGCUGCUGUAUGAGAGCCGGAAGAGAGGGAUGUUGGAAAACUGCAUCCUCCUGAGUCUCUUUGCUAAAGAACAUCUGCAUAACAUGACUGAGCAGCAGCUGAACCUCUAUGAUCGCCUGAUUAAUGAGCCUAGUAACGACUGGGAUAUUUACUACUGGGCCACAGAAGCAAAACCAGCCCCAGAAAUAUUUGAAAACGAAAUCAUGGCCAUGCUGAAAGAAUUUGCAAAAAACAAAAACAAAGAGCAGAGACUACGCGCCCCAGAUCUUGAGUAUCUCUUUGAGAAGUCGCAUUGAGCUAGCUGCGUGUCACUCCCCUUCCUGGCUCGGUAUGUGGACGGUAACUGCUUAUGACACUGGCUUUGACCUGCUGCUUCUCCCCCUUCAAGUGAUGGUCACCCCUGUCUCCUGGAACUGACAUGUAAAUGUUCAGUGCUUCUCUUAACAUGCUUUUUUUUUUUGGUCCUGAGCCUCCAACGUUGUUGGUCAGCAUCUAGCAUGGGAGGCAUCUGGCCUUGUGUGGCUGCUGGGGAGCAGGUCUGCCACAAGAGGGCACUGUAGCAGAAGCCAUUGUGCAAGGCACAGCCUCAACCCCAGGGUAGGCAAGGAAAAAAGGCAGCCAGCGCCAAGUGCUGUGUGAAAAGCCACUAUCCCACCCCCCGCCCCUAACGGCCCCCCGGCUUUGUCAAAAUGGAAUUCCCUCCUUAAACCUGGUAGGAUCCUUUCUGCCAAGGAAAACUGAUCCAAGCCCCCUGAGCGGACCCCUUCAAAGGCACAGCAGGUAGAAGAAGGGCAGCAGGCAGAGCAGCGUGGGCACACUGCAUAAGGUAAACCUCCUCAUGGUCAGUUUCUCUAAAACGUGCACUUUUGUCAUGGGAAGAUAAUUGAGUAUUAAAGAACACCAAGAAAGGGAAGUCAACAGUUCCCCCAUCGUCACAAUGACUUCCUUUGUCUACUCUCACAUAACCCAUAGUCCUAUUUCUAAGCGUUUUACAAGGUCACAGGCACAGGUUUGCUUUCCAUGUGGCCUCCUCAUGAACUUGUCCCUUGUUCCUGCUACCUGCAUAACCGUUACCUCACGAAAUAGCAAUACAUAAGAAGUAACACAUUAGAACAAAAUUAUCAGAGAGCUUAGGUCUGGGACCAGUUCUGCAUGGUUAGAGAUGGUCCUCUGAAAGGGGCUUUGCCUGUGAUUUAUUAGAAAUGGUGGUCACUCAGAUCAGCAGGGAGAAUCCUGAAGUGUUUGCUAGAAGAAGGCCAGCUGGAAUUGAUGAACACGUGGUUGGUGAUCACAGAGCUACAGGCAGGGAGGAAGUAGGUUCUCAGGACUGUUGUGGGGAGGGGGUGUCAGCCUCACCACGAGUCCAGCCUGCCCCUUGGAGUCCCUGGCUAAGGAAGGAAGAGAGCCAGCUUUUCCUUACAUAGUGGCUCAGAGCUCAGUGCCCUCACGGGCCUAUUUCAUAGACAGAAAGUUGGCUCAGAGAGAGGAAGUCAGCUGUCCAAGGUCAGGUAGUUACUGCGUCACAAAUCCAGAACUUGGGAUGGCUCCGUCUGCCUCAAAGCUCAUGAAUGUUCCGCUAGCAGAUGCUGCUUUACUGCAGGAAGCAGAAAAUCCAUGCCUCUGAGGAUCUUUCUGGGAAAAUUAAGGCAGACAAACUACAGUUCUGACUCGUGACCUCCUCCACAGGGGUAGAGGGCUACCAGGUGCUACUGAGAAUGCAGCAUAGUACACUGGCUACAAGUUCAAUUCCUGGCUCUGUUUUUGAUAUACUGGAUUAAUGUAUUGGCUCCAGCCUUCUCCCUGCCUGGAAGAGCCGAGGAAAGGAAACCCAUGAUGCUCUUACAUGGAGUUCACUAAGAGAACAUUUCAGGAGCCUGUGGUCUUCUGAAACAAAUCAUCCAGCACAUCAGCACGGUCAUUAUCACUACAUGCAGGCAAGUUCAUCUGCAAGCCAGAGAGGCAGCCUAUUAAAGUAGCCACAGCAGAGGGUGUCUCUUCAGCCUGGGAAAACUGGGAUGAAAACAGAGCCUGGUGACAAGUCCUUUGAUGGAAAAGUCUAGCACGCUCACAUAGAGCAAGAAGCAGGAGCGAGGCUUAGAAGGCAGGAGCAGGAGCUUACAGGAGACUCUGGCCAUUCUCUCCAGCCUCUUCUGAUGUCUCGUGGGGAGAAUGUUAAGCAGGCAGUUUAUAUAUAGAAACCUAUCUGGACUGGGAGAUGUGCACACGAAUCGGGCGAUGACUUUACCCAUUUAUCCUGGGCCUGUUACACAACAAGCUCCCGAAGCCAAGUGUGCGGAGUGGGCUUCACCCCCACGGUGGAGCUGAGCCCUCCUUACCCCGAUUUUGCCUUGUGUCACAUCAUGAUCGGCUUCCACCACUGCCACCUGGGAAUGGCACACUCGUAAAGGAACUGUUCUCCGCCCAGGCUGCUGGCUUCUGUCAUCUGGGAAAAGGAAGGAUCUUGCUAAUCUCAGCUGCUUAGUGUUAGGCCCAAGGGUGCUAUGUAAACAGUUUUCCCCUUUAUUAGGCAUUAAGUAAAACUAGGCCGGCCAUAGCACAUUUAAACAAAAUUAAUAAACAUAUAGAAAAGGCCAGCAGCCCCUGAGGAUGCCUGGAAAGAGCAGCCAGACGCAUUCCUCUGAUACCUGGCUCCUCGCUGACCUCUUUCUGAGCCUGCGCCGUCACAGGAGCGUCUGGCCUGCCCCGAGCAGUGCAAGGUGGUCUCCAGGGUCCUCUUGGAAGGGCUUCUGCAUGACACAUCAAAUUGGGUCAAGGCUGUUCCCUUCUCACCAUUUCCUCUCUUCCUCAUUUUAAGUCUUCAGAAAUCCAUUUGCUAACCACCUUGUGCUCAGGCUUUCUGUGCCUCAGGUAGAUUGUGUCUUUGGCGGGGAGGGGGGGCACUGGAUUUUGCACAGUAGGUGGAGGUCCACUGGUCAGUCUCUUCAUAUAGGGCAGCACUAAUCUAUAACCCAGUUUAUAUUUUUAAACCAAACAGGAAGGAUUGCUGUGAGAUAGGCGAGAGUCUCACAUUUAUCCUUCACUCCCCCAGCUGCUCUGUGGCUAGCUGGAGAGAGGAAGGCUAGCAAGCAUUUGACUUUGGGGUUGACAGCUCACCCUACAGAACCUAGGACACUGGACACCUUACCCCAAGUUGUUGGUGUGGAUACUGGUAAGGCCGAGGCAGUCACCCUGUGCACUCACUUGGAAUAGCCCUCCCUCUGGGAGUGACGAGCAGCAUGGGCAUCUUCUCCCGUGUGGUAAAACGGGAUGGGUGGGACUACUCCAUGGCUCUGAGACUAAAACCCCCAGUCUAGUUCUGUGGCUCAUACCUAUAGUCCUAGCUAUUUGAGAAGCUGAGGCAAGAUCAUUUGAGCCUAGGAGUGGAGAGCCAGCUACCUAACAAGACCCCGUCUCAAAAAAGAAAAAAAAAAAAGGUCUAUUGGAAGGAUUUGGGGGAAAGAUGAAGUCAUCCAAGAUAGUAUCCAUGUUCAGAAGGGAGGUGUAGAGAACUCCUCUGCUUUAUAACCCAGGAUGAUGACAGGAAAGCUCAAGCCCUAUAUCUCCAGAUACUCUGGCAAAGAAGGGCCAAGUGGACACAUGAUUGUAUGCACCUUCCGCCACAGCAGGUGGCUUUGAACAGCACAUGAUGUUACCCUGUGCGUUUUGCUUCCCAGUGGGUUUGUUUAGUUAGGUUUUGUUUUUGUGUUUGGCUUGCUUUCUUUUGACACAGGGUGUCACUGGUUGCCUAGGCUGGCCUCGAACCUGCUAUCUUUCUGCCUCAGCCUUCUCAGUGCUAGGAUUACAGGCUGUGCUGUCAUACCUGGCUAGUCAGCUAGGAUUUAAGAUAUUUGUUCAUAUCUGGUGGUGCCCCUAGAACAAAUGUUCAGGGGAGGAGAGCACAGUUGUUAAGAGUGGGGGUUUGAGUCUAGCUCAGUGGUGGAUUGCUUGCCUAGCAUGUGUGAAGUCCUGGGUUCAGUCCCCAGCAUUGCUAGAAAAUUGUAAAAUAAAUAAAUUAAAAAGAGCAGCUGUUUGGGAAUCACACCUCAGACCUGUGGCACUACCAUCUAUUAGUCAGUGACCCUGGUCAUGUGAUUUGACCUCUCCAGACUCCUGUUCCUAGGUGGAAAGGAAGGGAUUGGAAGGAGAAGGGAAAGAAGGGAAGGGAAGGAAGGGGCAUUGUUCUGGGUGGAAAUGAGGUGUGGUUUCAUUAGGAUCUUGCUCAAAGUCUCAGGAGGGAAGUGAAGGCAGCACUAAUCUGAAGGCAGCCGGUGGCCCACGCGCUCCACUCCCCCGCUUUGUCCUCUUGGGCCAGGGCCUUCCUAUCCCGGGUCUUGUCUCGCUCAUGCUGACAGGCCACCCUCUUGUGGUCAGAGCCAGAGAUAAGGUCACACUUGAGCCAAGUACUUGACCUAAGUACGGAACCCUCCAAGGAGGACACACGCAGCCGAGUGAGCCUCCCUGAGUCAUGUUUGGAGCUCAGAUUUCCUUUGGGUUUGGGUGACAUCAAUGGAAGGGUUCAAGUACUGGCCUGCACCAAGAUUUCCUCCUCACCCUGGGCCUCAGAAAUGAGGUGUGAACUCUCAGAGCCUUUGCGUCACUGGGAGGCUGGCUCAGAAUUGAACGUAUCUGUCAGCAAGCGCACGAGAACUGUAUCCAGGUGAUCCUAAAAGUUGCUUCAUUCCUCCAGCUCCAAGGCUUUUGCUGACAAGCCAUGCUGGAGGCUGUGGGGCCAGCCCUCCUGGGAGCAGGGUCAUCCCCUGGCUCACCAGCUUCUCCAGCUCCCAUCCCUCAGGGUUUUAGUAGAUGCUGCAAAAGAGACCGAGUUUCCAGGCUAAGUAGAAACAGACAAGGGAUGCUCAGAAAUCUAAUUUGAAAGAUAUAUUGUAAUGGUUUUCACUAGAUGCUGGGGAUGGGAGAAGAAUGUGUUUGGUCUGUCCUUGAGGCACGCAGUGUUUAUUCUUCUACAGUUUAUUUCAUUGAUUGUCGAGCAAUGUGCUACACCCUGUGCCAGACACAGAGACAGAUCAAUGAGAUAUAGCUCAUGCCCCGGGGACCUCUGGAGGAGGAGGGACAAAUGAGUGGACAGCCACGGCUCUCGGGCACUGGCCCUGACAGCAGGCAGUCCAGAAAGGAUCUAGUCAGUUUUAAGAUUAUGUGGAAGACUCUUCACCCUGCCAUGUCCCUGCCCUUUGCCAGCUGUGGGCCUUUCACUGGCCAGUGGGACAUCAGUGAUUGGGAAAUAAGCAGCUGCGUUCUUUUCUUUGACUGUAUUAGGGUUUGAACUUAUGAUCUUGCAUGUAUUAGGCAAAAAGUGCUCUGUUAUGUGAGCUACACUCAUGUUCACUUGGACAUGGUAAGAUGUUUCUGAUGGGGCUGUGCAGUGUACAUGUUGGUGACCCAUUUACUCUUCACUCCCAUCCUAUCACACAACUUUACUGUAUCCAGGUUCAUCUCCUAUGGAUGGAUACCCGAGCUGUUUCUAAUUUCGGACCGUUAAUAAAGAUAACUGCAAACCUU